UUUGGGAUGCUACGAUCGAAUAGCUGCGAAGAGUAGUUCGUGUGUUCCCCCCGCUGUUGUUUGAUGGGCGCGUGCUGCGAAAACCGCGAGUUUUUGGCGAUCGCGUCGAUUUUCCUCUGAUUGCUUUUCCUCGAGCAAGAGGAAUUGAUCAGUAUUAUUUGAAAAAGUGUAUUCAAAAAGAACCACCACCAACCAGGCCGUUCGUUUGUUUAUCGUUCCCAGUGCGUAAUUAUUCCGAAAAGAGAGGCGUUUACCGUAUCGGAAGAAAGUGAUAAUACUGAGGAAAAGAGGAAAAAAUUAUCGAUCGGUCCCACCGCUCUACACUCUGUUGCUGUGCCGCUAAUGUGAGCCCAUUUCAGUGAAAAUGCCUCAAACUAGAGGGGGUGUGUAAUAAAUAUUUGUAAUAUUCGUGAUUGUUGUACACAAGAAAAAAGGUUUAAAAAUAUAUCUUCAUCAAUGUGUGUGGCAGUGUGAAGUGCAAGAUUCGGGAAAUCCCACAAUAACGCAGAUAGGUGUAUCUUUGCUGUGAUAAUCAGACCAAGUUUAUGUAAACUAUUUGUUGAUAUUGCUGCAGAUUGUUCGUUGUUCGAGGAAAAUUGGCGAGUUUGUUUGAAUGUUCAUCGUAUAGAGUUACGUGUACUCUCAUUAGCGCACUCCCAGAUUGUUGGAUUUUGCAUUUUUUGAAGGAAAUUAUAUAAAAUUGGUGCGAGCAACGAGUAUAGCGUCCCUGACAGACACUGAUACACAGAGGAACGGCUCGUAUAGGCGCCAUGCCUCGGCAGCACUCGCCAACAGUCACGCCGUAGUCAGUCCACUCAACAUGACUACACAUCAAACUUGAGCCCGAGGAAACAUUUCCAUUGAUCUCAACCGAACUGGCAUAGAUAGAAUGGGAGCCUAGUUCUGUGUUCGUGUGAACUCAAAUUGUCCAUUUGAAUCAGAAUCAGAGCUACGGAAGGUAUUUGUUGCAGCGAAGCUGAAAGUAUCGAACUCUUAAUCGAAGAUCAAAAAGAGACUUCCCGGAGACACGACAACCAUCGCCGCGAGAGAGGAAGAGUGCGUAAGAUGCUGAACUCCAUCUCGAAGCAUUUGCUUCACUGCGCGCUGCUACUUACGUUGCUCGUAUUGUUCGAGGUUUUCUCGGGAGGCAUCAAAGUCAACGAGAACAGUUUCGUAUCGAUCGAUCCUUGGGAGGAGUAUGGCACGAUACCGACACUUCUGCUGUACCUCUUGCGGCUGCUUACGUUCCUCACACUGCCUCAGGUGUUGUUCAACUUCUUCGGACUGGUGUUCUACAAUGCCUUUCCCGAGAAGGUAGUGCUGAAGGGAUCGCCCCUGUUGGCGCCCUUCAUCUGCAUCCGGGUCGUCACACGAGGCGACUAUCCUGACCUGGUCAAAUCAAAUGUUCAACGGAACAUGAACGUUUGUCUGGACACGGGGCUGGAGAAUUUUCACAUCGAGGUCGUAACCGACAAACCACUCAAUCUGCCGAAACAUCGGCGGACGCGGGAAAUCGUCGUUCCGAAGGAUUACAAAACCAAAACGGGUGCGUUGUUCAAAUCACGAGCGCUUCAACACUGUCUGGAGGAUACCGUGAAUGUACUUAACAACAAUGACUGGGUGGUGCAUCUGGACGAAGAAACUCUGCUGACCGAGAACAGCGUGCGGGGCAUCAUUAACUUUGUGUUGGACGGGAAGCACCCCUUCGGCCAGGGACUGAUAACCUACGCCAAUGAGAAUGUGGUGAACUGGCUGACAACGUUGGCCGACAGUUUCCGUGUGUCCGAUGACAUGGGCAAACUGAGGCUGCAGUUCAAACUGUUCCACAAGCCGUACUUCAGCUGGAAGGGCAGCUACGUGGUUACACAGGUCCACGCGGAAAAAGAGGUAUCAUUCGAUAAUGGCGUAGAUGGUUCGGUCGCUGAAGACUGCUUCUUCGCGAUGCGUGCGUUCGCCAAGGGAUACACGUUUAACUUCAUCGAGGGUGAGAUGUACGAGAAGUCUCCGUUUACGUUGCUGGAUUUCCUGCAGCAGCGAAAGCGUUGGCUCCAGGGUAUCCUGCUGGUUGUCCACUCGAGCACUAUUCCGCUGAGGAACAAGCUACUGCUGGCAAUUAGUGUGUACUCCUGGGUCACGAUGCCACUGUCCACGUCGAAUAUGAUCUUCGCUGGACUGUAUCCGAUUCCAUGCCCGAACAUCGUGGACUUCUUGUGUGCAUUCAUCGCUGGGUUCAAUAUCUACAUGUACGUGUUCGGUGUGAUCAAAUCGUUCUCGCUGUACCGCUUCGGGGUCAUCAAGUUUCUAGCAUGUGUGUUAGGAGCUUUGUGUACGAUUCCGAUCAACGUGGUGAUUGAGAAUGUGGCGGUGAUUUGGGGCCUCGUAGGGAAGAAGCACAAAUUUUACGUGGUGCAGAAGGAUGUGCGCGCUCUCGUUACUGUUUAAUGUCGUUUUCGUGUACCGCGGUUAGGUCCUUUGAUUUCCCUCACUGGCGGCUAUCGGCGAUCGAUUAUUGCUUAUCCAACCGGAGGCUUUAUCUGUAGUCACGAAGUUCGCGUGUUUCCAGGGAAAAGGUGACAUGAUUAACCAUUUAGCUGUUGUUAUCAUGUGUAUAUUUUGUAGAACUUAUGUAUUGUUUCUGAAUUUAUCAGAAAAAUAAGUAUUUUUGCGUUUUAGGAAGGAAAAGUGAUGUACGGUUUAGUGAUUCACCCUCACGAAAACUGGAGAAAUUAUGUAACACACGGGCAAAGAUUUUGGUUUAUUUAGAAUAUUAGAAUUAGUCAUGGAAUUAAGAGGAGUUGUGUGAGAUAUCUACAGUUCAAUGAGAUUUCCAUUCUCUGUUAUUUAUUUCUGUGUAUAUUUGUGCAGGGAUGUUCCACUUUGGUAAGCCUUCUAUGUGUACAUUCAGUAUAUAUUUGAGAACCGUGUUCUCCAACGUGUAUAAUUAUUAUCAUUAUCAUUUAUAGUUCACACUUUCGUUAGCGUCCCCAAGGUGAAAUGAGAAUGAUAAGUGCAUCGUAACGCCAACAACAGCGACGAAUGACGAGGGGGUCCAACCUAAAAAUCAGACUAAAAUAACGCCGCUUUUACGAUAACUCUGAAACCAUAGUCACACUUUGUUCAAUCAUUUACUCCAUUGCGACAAAUUGAUUUGUAACAUGAAACUCGCGCGACAAUGAGGACGGAUCUACUUAUGUAACUAAUUUAGGAAGAAAAAAAUAUACAGUCAAGAAAUACCAACACUCAGAAACAUGCUAUUAAUGAUAUAUGAGAUCAAGCAAGCAAAUAAAUUAUUCACAUCUAAUCGAAAUAAGACAGAAAACAGAAAACCCACGUCCAUACAGAUACACGUUGUUCAUUACCUAUUUAGCUUAAGAGAUGGUAAAAAUUGUCGAUAGUAAAUUAAAACUAAACAAAAAUUUAAAAAUUUCCAAAAAAGUAAGCUGCAUAAACCUCUAGUAGUAAUUUGAUAACGUAUCGCAUCACAACACGUAGAAGAAGAAUGAUGAAUGCAAGCUAGCAGCAGUUAUUCCAGCCAUGAUGAAAGCAGGAAUGUUUUUAUGCUUUAGGAAUGUUUCUAUACAUUUUUUCUAUAGAGACACGAACGUCAUUUGAUGAUGUGAAUCGAAACAUCACAAGGCAAUGAGAUUGGGUUACAGAACACAAAAUCGCCGCUAUGCAGCAGAGAAAAAAACACAAGUAAAAUUCAUUAACUACCUGUAAUGGAAUUUCUUAUAAUGAUUAUAAUAAAAGGUCAGAUCGAUUAAAAGUUUAAACACAGA